AUGCAGGACGCCUGGACUGCUUGCAAAGCUGAAGAGAUCCAAGGCUACGCGGACCGCAACGAAUGGAAGAACUUCUUUUCUGCGAUCAAAGCUAUCUACGGUCCGCCGACGAAGGGCACUGCUCCUCUCCUCAGCGCCGACGGCAACACUCUCCUGACUGAGAAGACGCAAAUCCUGCAGCGAUGGGCCGAGUAUUUCCGAGGCGUCCUCAACCGCCCCUCCGUCAUCUCCGACGCCGCCAUCGAGCGUUUGCCGCAAGUGGAGACCAACGCGGACCUCGAACUCCCGCCAUCUCUCCAGGAAACCAUCAGGGCCGUGCAGCAGCUCUCCAGCGGAAAUUACCCGGAUCGGACGUGA